UUCAUAAAAAACGAAAAGAACGACGUGCUGUCUUAACUGUUAUUUAUUUACUUAACUAUCACUAGGGAGUAAUUCCAGCUGUUAAGAUUGUUGCCUUCUGAGGUCAACAUAACGUUAAACGAAUAAGAUUAGCUAAUAUCAGGACUGAUCAAAGCUAUAAACAGACAAUGGCUCUGAUAUCACUACGCUAGUCUUCGAUGUCUGUUACGUUCUUUACGAUCCUGAACGUCGUCAUCUAUUCACAGCCUUCUACUAUUUAUCGUUCAUCAUAGUUUUGGUUAUAAAGUAAAAUUUUCCCAAAUAUGGCUGAAAGUUGCCAAAAUAAUGUUGGAGAACUGAGUAGCACUCCUGGCGAUAGUCAAUCAUUGGAUAAACGUGUUGUAGCUAGCCAGCUAAUCAAACGUUAUUAUUACCAGCUGACUCAAGGCUGUGGUGAUCCAAACUGUAACAAUGAAAACUGUGCCUCUAGCAAAAAAGUUCAAGCCCUUUCCCCAAACCAAGCUGCGGCUCAAGCUCUGGAUUUGUUUGCCCGUAAAGGAAGGUUGUGUGUUGGCACUAACAAAAAUGAUUUACCAAACACACUGUUUCCUGAAAUUACACCUGCCAGCAGUAGUGCCCUAACUGAUCAGCAAUUGCUUAAACAGGGCUUAUGGGUGACUCCAGCUUCUAACGUGCCCAGCCAUUCUGCCAGUGACAAAUCGGUUAUUUCCAGAAUAACGAAAUUAACAGAAACAAGUUUCAAGGAGAUUAUUGACAAUUGCAAAGAAUAUGGAAUUUACUCAAAGCUUGUGCAUACCUUGGGCCACAUCUUUGCCAAUCCUGAACUAUUAGGACAAAGUUUUAUUGGGCCUAUUAAGGACCAAUGUACAUCAAUUGCGGCACACGGUCAAUUGAGUAAAGAACAACUGCGCUCGAUGGAGGUGGACUUGGAUAAAGACAGUGACAGCCAAGAAGCCGUCGCGGAAACGCGUCUCCAAGAGGUGGGCCAAGAAGUCACUGUUGACGUCUGUUCCAUCCGCCAAUCAUUUGAAGCCUUAAGCUCAAUAGAACCGCAAAACUAUGAAAGCGCCUUAGUCCAAGCCCUAAUUCUCCUACUUGAUACCCUUGAACUCGAUAUGAAAUACGGGAGGCAAAAGGCUGAAGUCAAUUUGCUCAACGUUUUUAUUAUUGUCUUCGAAUUACCUUGGCUCGGCUCUGGUGACUACUUUGAAAGGGUCUUGCCGAGCUUGUGUCGCGCCUGUGCUCUCUUACCUUUAACCCAACAAGCAACUCUAGUCCGAUUUUGGGCCGCUCACAAUGUCCCCAAUCUAAGAAAUCUGGUCCAAACACUUCAGCAACUUAUCAGUUUUCGAGUGUUGUCGGGAGAAUUCGGCCGAGAUUACGCUGUCAAUGAUGACAGUACCAUUACAGCUUGUGUAAAGGUGAUGCGAAUGUUGUAUUGCGUCAACAUAUUUUCUUGUACUGCAUCCAGCAACAACUCAAACCAUGCAUCGGUUGACAGGAUGGAGACUGACGACGCGUCCAAAGGGCCCAUCGACGUCUUUUCCUUUGGUAUGGAUCCCCCUAGACUGGGCGCCAAACAAAAUAAGACACGGAAGAAUGACCCACUAAUGUCAGAACUCGGAGUUAGCAUCCUAGAUUGUCGCAAACCUCCGGUUGCAUUUGCCGAUUUUUACAACGAACCCCUAAGUGACGUCGUAGAGAUGGAUCGUGACUUCGCCUACUUUGCCGCUGCAUCGGAAGCGCCUCCUUCUGCCUCUAACGUUGGCCUAAAGAUCAGCUUCAUGAACUUCCCUUUCAUUUUAACCCCAGCCGCCAAAGCCCUUGGUCUGUACUAUGACAACCGUAUACGAAUGUAUAGUGAAAGGCGUCAAAGCAUUUUCAAUAGCGUUAUGAAUGGCCAGCCUAGCAAUCCGUAUCUGAAGCUAAAAAUCCGACGUGAUCAUGUUAUUGACGACGCCCUUAUUGGAUUGGAAAUGAUCACCAUGGAAAAUCCAUCAGACCUGAAGAAGCAAUUGGUGGUUGAAUUCGAAGGCGAGCAAGGCAUCGAUGAAGGCGGUCUCUCUAAAGAAUUCUUCCAGUUGGUUAUUGACCAGGUUUUCAAUCCGGACUAUGCAAUGUUUUCAUUCAACGCUGAUACGCGUAACUUCUGGUUCAAUCCUACUUCGUUUGAAAGUGAUGCGCAAUUCACGCUGAUCGGCAUUAUGCUCGGAUUGGCUAUUUAUAACACGGUCAUUUUGGACGUCCACUUUCCUAUGGUUGUUUAUCGUAAGCUUCUCGGUCGUAAAGGAACAUUUGAAGACCUUCAAGAACUCGAUCCAUCUCUCUGGAAAGGCCUAACAGAGCUUUUAGAAUACUCGGAUUCUGAUAUUGAGGAAACACUCAUGCAGACAUUUAGCAUUUCUUACAAGGAUGUUUUCGGUGUUGUUUACAACCACAACCUAAAGGAAAACGGUGCAAGUUGCAAUGUCAACCUGGAGAAUCGCCGUGAAUUCGUCGAACUCUAUGCAGAUUACUUACUCAACGAAUGUGUCGGUAGGCAGUUUGCUGCCUUUCGUCGCGGUUUCGCCAUGGUGACGGACGAAAGUCCGCUGGGCACACUUUUCAGGCCCGAAGAAGUCGAACAACUUGUUUGCGGCAGUCAAAUUUUUGAUUUUGAACAACUUGAGAACGCCACCGAAUACGAUGGUGGCUUCGAUAAUAAAUCAGAAACCAUCCAACAUUUCUGGUCAGUUGUCCAUGAACUGAGUGUCGAAGAUAAAAGGCGUUUGCUUCAAUUUACUACUGGUUCUGAUCGCGUACCUGUAGGUGGCUUAGGUCGAUUGAAAUUGAUCAUUGCUCGCAACGGAGCGGAUUCAGAUCGGCUUCCAAUGGCUCACACGUGCUAUAACGUGCUUCUACUACCCGAAUACAACAACAAGGAGAAACUAAAAGAACGCCUGAUGAAAGCAAUUGAUUACUCGAAAGGCUUCGGUAUGCUCUAAGAAAUCCCAUCUUUUUCGCAUUUUGAUUAGCUAUUUGUGGGCACAAAAAAAAGGUGUCACAAAAAGAAACGAGCUAAUUUAUUACACUGUUCUUUUUCUCCUC